GAAGAAGAAGCGGCGUCAGGCUGUCACUCAGGAUCAGAAGUAUCAGGAUCAGGAUCUAAAUAGUGUGAAUCACUAACUUUGAUUUUUGUUUUCGUUGUAGUCCGCUUUUAAGCGAUUCAACACGAGCAUGUCCUCUUGUAAGAAAGGAGACUUGUCCUCAAGCGAAAAGGAGUUGUUUUGCGCUAUCACUGCAGGUGAUGUUCCAGAGGCAUCAAGACUGCUGGGAUGUAAAGAUGUUCGGGUCAACUGUUUGGAUGAGUAUGGGAUGACACCCCUCAUGCAUGCUGCCUACAAAGGAAAAGCUGACAUGUGCAAGUUGUUGCUGCAACAUGGAGCAGAUGUGAAUUGCAAUGAACAUGAACAUGGCUACACGACACUGAUGUUUGCUGGCCUGUCAGGGAACAUCGAAAUCACGUGGAUGAUGUUGGAUGCAGGCGCAGAGACAGAUGCAGUCAACUCUGUCGGAAGGACUGCCGCACAGAUGGCAGCUUUUGUUGGGCAACAUGACUGUGUCACAGUUAUCAACAACUUCUUUUCUCGUGCCAGACUAGACUACUACACCAUGCCACAGGGACUGGAGAAGGAACCCAAGCUGCCACCUAAGCUGGCUGGACUCCACAAGGUCAUCAUGAGCACCAACAUCAACCCUGUCAAGUUGGUGCUGCUGGUGAAGGAUAAUCCUCUGCUGGCGGAGUUCGAGGCUCUGGAGAAAUGCCGCCGAGUGAUGGAGCUGAUCUGUGAGACAUGUAUUAAGCAGCAGGAUAUGAAUGAGGUGUUGGCUAUGAAGAUGCACUACAUUAGCUGUGUGCUGGGAAAGUGUGCGUCAUUCCUGAAGGACCGUGAGGACAAGCUGGAUGGCCUUAUCAAGAGUUUGUUAAAGGGUCGGGACACUGAUGUUCCAGUGUACCAGGAGAAAUUUGUCAGAGAGUGCAUACGCAAGUUUCCCGUACUGGACGCAACUCUGCUGCAGCAGCUGGUGCGGAGCAUUGCGCCUGUGGAGAUUGGUAAUGACCCCACAGCUCUUUCAGUCAUGACCCAGGCCAUCACAGGCCAAGUUGGCUUCAUGGAUGCAGAGUUCUGCACCUCUUGUGGGGAGAAGGGGGCUGGAAAGAGGUGUUCCAUCUGUAAAAUGGUAAUCUACUGUAACCAAGCUUGCCAAAAGAUGCACUGGUUUACCCACAAGAAAGUCUGCAAAAUACUCAAAGAGCAGAGAGAGAAGCAAGAGGCAGAAUCAGCCGAACUAAGGAUGCAGCAGAGCAAAGAAGAGAGUAACGCCCUCCAGGAGGCCACAGACUCUAUGCAGGAGAUGUCAGUGGAGAGUGACAGUGACGGCGUCUUCUCUUCCACCUCAGCAGACACUAUAAACUCCAGCCCCGUCGCAACUGGUGACAACUAAGGAAAGUGUUCGAGAAGACAUCAGCAGAGAUGAGACGCCUGUGCUCCGCAAAUGUCUCUUCUACAAUACAACACGAAUACACAAAAAUGGCAAAUUGGUGGGGAGACUGACGCCAGACUGCUCCCUAGUCUGUGCGGUCAUGCUGUCGUUCGCAUGAGACAGCCACCGUGGCAGAGCGGCGUGUAAAGCGUCCAGCGAAGGUUUGUGCCACAGCAGUCAUCGGUUUUUCUUUUACACAUGCAAAUUUUUUAGACUGUAUUGUCAAAAUAAAUGUGUAAAUUGUGUAGACUGUUGUGUUUAUGAUGGUCACAGGGAG